AUGUCGGCCCGUGCUCGAAGAGACAUAGAAAACAUUUUCCAUCUAGAGAGGCGAUGUGUCGUAUGUCCAUCCAAGGACGCGCUCUCCUGCGAUGGCCUCGUCUGUCCGUCGGGCCAGGUGUGCGUCCAGACUUCGGAAACCUGUGAUGCCUGCGCGUCCGUGGGCUGCGCGGUAGAUCCCAUGGCAGGCGCCAAAAAAACCGAUUCAACCAACGUCGGUGCCAUAGCCGGAGGCGUCAUUGGAGGAAUCGCCGCCAUCGCCAUCAUCACAUUCAUCAUCUGGAAGUUCUGUCUCAAGGGCAAGAGGAGGCCAAUUACGGAGAGCGACUGGCAAGAGGUGGACAUGGCAACACAGCAAGAAAAGGCCGAGACCGACUUCCAGUCGCGACGAAGUGCACGCGCUUCGACACACACGGUUGCCUCGAUGGCUUCCUCUGUCCUCACCCGCGCCUCCAACAUCAUUCAGAUCGCCUACAUUCCCGGUGUCACGAAUCGCUCAGGACCCGGAUCCCCCGACCUGCUCGUUCCUCCUGUACCCCCGAUUCCCUCCAUGUCGCCUUCGUCGGCCAUGAGCAGCCCCUACUCUGGUUCCGAACAGCACUUCUUUGUUCCCGACUUCCGCGACUCCAUGGCAUCCUACAGCACCGCAGGUCGUACCAGCAUUGCACCGAGCGUCGCCCAACGAGCCAGUGUGGCCUCGACCAUGUACCGACAAAACGCCAUUGUGUCUCCACUACCAGCUCAGACCAUUGUGCGCGGAAAGGCGGCUGUUGUCAGUGUCAAAUCCACUGGCUCCAGCAGCCCAGCAGACACCCCUGGAGCGGAAACACCGCCUGUACCGUCCAUUGACUCCAAGCACACCAUCAAGCCUAUCCGCAUCGCCAUGCCCGGUAUCAGUCCUGCAAGCUCGGUUCGCAGCACUGCCCAGCUCGGCCCCGUUCGCGCCCUGAACAUCACCAAGAAGAAGUCGACCGAAAUGACCCCACCAAGAAGCGCAGCAGGCUCCACCAGCAGCGCCGACCGAACCCUGGUCAACACACCCAACGCACCCGACGUCCUUGUCCCCACCCCCCGACCCAUUACCGCAUACUCUCUCGCAUCCACUGAUGAUGGCACCCUGCAUUCACGCGCACGACGAGGAAGUCUUGCAUCGGAAAACUCAGACUCGGAGUCGGAGUCGGAGCACCAGCGCAGCAAGCAGACCCUUCUGGGCAAAUCGACCAGCAGUGACCGCGACUCGGACCGCACCACGGAAACCCAGCAGACACCCACAGGAAGCCAAAGCCCAUUUUCAGACCACUCCUCGGUCGAUGCCCCGCGGCCAAACAUGUCGCAGCGCAUCACUUCGUACGAUACGGCCCGUGAUUUGCGCACACCCAUGACGCCCAUUGUCGAAGAAUCCUCUGCAUCCAAACGAGCCAGCACAGCGUCGCAUCUGCGCGAUCAAAGUCCCUUUUCCGACGACAAUCGGAGUAACUUGUGA